GUCCAGGUGAAACUAUCGGUCGGAAUCACGGUUCUUGAAACGUAACAGAGGAACCAAUGAGGGGUUUAAUCGCAGGAGAGAGGAGCUUUACUUGCAGUAAUUCAUAAACCCCAGUGAGCAGUGACAGUCAGUAGAAGUAUAUAAGAAUGGCGGAAGCAGAGGGGGGAGGAUCAGGUAGGGCGGGCGCAUCGGCUGGAGGUGGAGGAGCUGACUCUCUGAAAGAUAAAGGAAAUGAGCAGUUCAAAGCAGGGAACUACCUCAAAGCCGCUGCGCUCUACACUCAGGCAAUCAAGCAAGACCCCAAUAACCCCACUCUCUAUAGCAACCGUGCUGCAGCAUUUCUUCGAUUGGUUAAGCUUAGCAAAGCCCUUGCUGAUGCAGAGACAACAAUUAAGUUGAACCCCCAGUGGGAGAAGGGAUAUUUUAGGAAAGGUUGCGUAUUAGAGGCCAUGGAACAAUAUGAUGAUGCUUUGGCUGCUUUCGAAACAGCUUUGCAAUAUAACUCGCAAAGCACAGAAGUAUCAAGAAAGAUAAAAAGGAUUUAUCAGUUGGCGAGAGAUAAAACGCGUGCAGAAGAGGUGGAGAAAAUGAGAUCCAAUGUUGAUAUGGCGAUGCAUUUAGAUAAACUGAAAUCUGAAAUGUCUGUGAAGCGUGGAUCUGAAGAAUGUUGGGAAGAAAUGUUUUCUUUCCUUGUUGAGACAAUGGAGUCAGCUGUAAAAUCAUGGCAUGAAACUUCUAAAGUGGAGGCUAGAGUUUACUUUCUCCUAGAUAAGGAAACAACAGACACCGAGAAAUAUGCUCCAGCUGUGAAUAUUGAUAAGGCCUUUGAAUCACCCCAUACACAUGGUAGUUGUUUUUCAUUUCUUAGGCAGUAUGCUGAGGAUUCUUUCUCCAGAGCAGCUUGCUUGGUGACUCCCAAAAGUAUCAUGUCAUAUCCACAGGUUUGGAAAGGUCAAGGAUCAAGGAAAUGGAAACACGGGCAACAUGAUGGUUUCUUUGUGCAAUUUGAGACCCCUUUCCUGCGGAAGCUGUGGUUUAUUUCUAGUUCUAGUGAACUGGGCCAGACAUUGUGCAGGGAUCCGGAGGAGUUAGACAUCGGUGCCCAUGAAUUGAUUCCGUGCUUAUUCAAACAGUCCAAUUCAUAAGUUCCUUUAUUUGGAAUUUGAUGGAGGAAAGUCUCAGGCCCAUUAUAGUGAGGAGAUUGUGUAUUCUAAAGAGCGGACAGCACUGGCGACAGUCUUUUGCGUUGACUCAGUUUGCAAGGUUUUCUUUGGCCCUGCUUAUUUGCAAGAAGUUGCUUUCUAUAAUCAUAACAUGCGCUUACUCAAGGUUUUGUCUCUUUCUAAAAUUUUCAAGCCUUUUUGUUUUGAGUGAUUGUGUUUUGCGGAGAGAUCCAUUACUGUGAAGUUGUUAGCCUGUUUUUCCAGAGCAAGGAGUAGUUUGGCGCUUGAAUUAAGUUGGAUUGUUUCCAAUAUUUACUCUCUGUCUGCUGCAUAUGUAUGAAACCGAAAACUUGAAUUAGGUAGUACCGAACUGAUUUUAUUUGUAAUUGUCCAAAUAGCAGUGUAACUGUUGAAUAGGUUUCAUGCAUCUUUGCUGCCCUGUAUGAAUGCUCUAUGUGUGGUUCUUUUAUUAUUCUAAUGCGAGUUACACCAUUGUUCAAAUA